AUGGACGCUCUCCUCGCCCAGUUGGGUGUGAUUCUCUACCAGAAUCAAACAUCACUCCCGCACAUACUCGUGUAUCUAGUGCACGAGAACCCUGCGCAUCCUAUGGCCUACGGUCUCCACCAGUAUCUCCCAACAAUUUUGGACAUGUUCCUCCAGAGCCCGUCCGCGGACGUGCUGCGGCAGUGGGCGGAAAAUACUAUGGCUUGCGCAUACAAAACCGAGGUAGUCAACCUAUCGCAGUCGGGCAACUUACAUUUCCUCGCGAGCGCAGCUUCACCGGAGAAGCUCGAAACGUUCACAAUUCGCCAGCUCGCAGGCGCGAUGCAGAAGCACGCGCCCUUCCUCUGGCGCUUAUUCGAUGUAGCAUCAGCAAACUGUGCAAUUUCUGAGGGUCUGGGUGACUGA